AUGACCGAAGAAGCCACUGUUAAACCUGUUCCCGACUUCUUCGAUGGGGCUCGGCCGGAAAGCAUCGACAAGGCCGUGAGAGAUGAUCUGAGCCAGCUGAUCACUCCCACAAAGCACGCCAGUGUUCCCGUAGCGCCCAACUUCUUUCUGGAGGUCAAGGGCCCCGGUGGAAGCUUCGGUGUUGCUUUGCGACAAGCCUUGCAUGACGGAGCCGUCGGCGCGCGAGCGAUGCACGCCCUGCAGAACUACGGCAAAGACGAGGUCGAAUUUGACGGACAUGCCUACAGCUACAGCUCGAUCUACCAAGCGGGCUCAGGCUUGCUCCAACUGUACGGGCAUCACAUCACGGCACCGACCGCGCCCGGGGGGCCUCCCUAUUACCACAUGACGCUGUUCGAAAGCUUGAGUAUGAUUGGGAGCCGUGAGCAUUUUGUGAAAGGCGCAGCGGCGUUUAGGAAUGCUAGGGACCUUGCACAGAAACUCCGCAACUGGCUCAUUCAGGCGGCCAAUACAAGAGCGCGACAGCUCAGGCUAGAGGAGCAGCAAUAUGCAGAGUCUGCGCGUGACGAAGUUGCCAGCUCUGCUACGAGCUUCUCAUCUAGAUCCAGCCCUAACACACAGAGUGAGAGCGGAGUUGGGCGAGAAAGAACAGCCUCCCAUAGCCUGGGCCAGAAUCAUGGCUCGAUCAAGAGGCGGGCACGUUAG